UGUAAGCGUGCAAAGUGUUGUCUCUACCUAUGGCGGAGAAGUUCCCAGUAGUGAUUGAUGUGCAGAAAAUUGGUGAGGAAGAAGAGUUAAAGAAACUAAGAGAAGCAUGUGAAAAAUGGGGUUCUUUCAGGAUCAUCAAUCACUCUAUUCCUCCAACCCUAGUGGCUGACAUGAAGAAGGUGGUUGAAGCUCUGCAUGAUCUUCCUUUUGAGACCAAGAAACGCAACACAGAAGCCAUUGCUGGUGGUGGUUACGUCGGACCAACUCCACUCAGCCCCUUAUACGAGGCUAUAGGAAUCUAUGACAUUUCUUCAUCACAAUCUAUGCACAAUUUCUGUUCUCAGCUUCAUGUCUCUCCUCAACAAAGGCAAAUAAUGGAGGCAUAUGGGCAAGCUGUUCAUGGUUUGGCAGUAAAAAUAGGACAAAAGAUGGCUGAAUCUCUUGGUGUAGUUGAAGGUGCUGAUUUCGAGGACUGGCUCUACGAGUUUAGAUUUAACAAAUAUAACUUCACAGCAGAAACAAUAGGGUCCCCAGGAGUUCAAAUACACACAGAUUCAAGCUUCCUAUCUGUUCUUAAAGAUGAUGAAAAUGUUGGUGGUCUUGAAGUCAUGGACUCUUCUUCCUCCUUUGUGCCAAUCCCUCUUUUCCCUGGGACUUUUCUUGUCAAUCUUGGAGACAUUGCUCGUGUGUGGAGCAAUGGGAGGUUUUGCAAUGUGACACAUCGUGUGCAAUGCAAGGAAGGGAACAAACGUCUUUCAAUUGCUACGUUAAUCUUAGGACCCAAGAACAGGAAUGUUGAGGCCCCAGAGGAAUUGGUGAACCAUGAUCACUCCCGUUUUUAUCAACCUUUUGUUUAUGAAGAUUAUAGGAAUCUCAAAGUUAGUAAGAAGAUUCCCACUAAAGAAGCCCUAGAACUGUUCCGAUUGGCCUAGACACUGGAACUAUGAUUAAGGAAUAAUUGAAAGGAGUCAUGUUUUCAGUAACUGAUACCUGGUGUUUAUGGAUAUUCUGUACACCAACUGAUACCUGGUGUUUAUGGAUAUUGACUCUUGACUUUGUGUGA